AUGAGAGAAAAGGAGGAGAAAAAGAGGAAGGAGGUGAGAAAGAUGAAGGAGGUGAGAAAGAUGAAGGAGGUGAGAAAGAGGAAGGAGGUGAGAAAGAUGAAGGAGGUGAGAAAGAUGAAAGAGGUGAGAAAGAUGAAAGAGGUGAGAAAGAGGAAGGAGGUGAGAAAGAUGGAGGAGUUGAGAAAGAUGAAGGAGGUGAGAAAGAUGAAGGAGGUGAGAAAGAUGAAAGAGGUGAGAAAGAUGAAGGACGAGGUGGUGAGAAAUAUGGAGGAGGAGGUGAGAAAGAUGGAGGAGGUGAGAAAGAUGAAGGAUGUGAGAAAGAUGAAGGACGGGGUGGUGAGAAAUAUGGAGGAGGAGGUGAGAAAGAUGGAGGAGGUGAGAAAGAUGGAGGAGGAGGUCAGAAAGAUGGAGGAGGAGGUCAGAAAGAUGGAGGAGGAGGUGAGAAAAAUGGAGGAGGAGGUGAGAAAGAUGAAGGAGGAGGUGAGAAAGAUGGAGGAGGAGGUCAGAAAGAUGGAGGAGGAGGUCAGAAAGAUGGAGGAGGAGGUGAGAAAAAUGGAGGAGGAGGUCAGAAAGAUGGAGGAGGAGGUGAGAAAGAUGGAGGAGGAGGUCAGAAAGAUGGAGGAGGAGGUAAGAAAGAUGGAGGAGGUGAGAAAGAUGGAGGAGGAGGUGAGAAACAUGGAGGAGGAGGUGAGAAAGAUGGAGGAGGUGAGAAAGAUGGAGGAGGAGGUCAGAAAGAUGGAGGAGGAGGUCAGAAAGAUGGAGGAGGAGGUGAGAAAGAUGGAGGAGGUGAGAAAGAUGGAGGAGGAGGUGAGAAAGAUGGAGGAGGAGGUAAGAAAGAUGGAGGAGGAGGUGAGAAAGAUGGAGGAGGAGGUCAGAAAGAUGGAAGAGGAGGUAAGAAAGAUGGAGGAGGAGGUCAGAAAGAUGGAGGAGGAGGUGAGAAAGAUGGAGGAGGAGGUGAGAAAGACAGAGGAGGAGGUGAGAAAGAUGGAGGAGGAGGUGAGAAAGAUGAAGGAGGAGGUGAGAAAGACGGAGGAGGAAGAGAGAAAGACCGUUCAGUUUCAAGGUAAUCAGGGUGAUUAUCAGCUGGGCACUUUAAACUAACAGAAGGAGGAGCGGAGCAGGCCCUACUGUAGGGAGAAGGAGCGGAGCAGGCCCUACUGUCGGGAGGAGGAGCGGAGCAGGCCCUACAGUCGGGAGAAGGAGCGGAGCAGGCCCUAUUGUCGGGAGGAGGAGCGGAGCAGGCCCUAAAGUCGGGAGGAGGAGCGGAGCAGGCCCAACUGUCGGGAGGAGGAGCAGACCAGGCCCAACUGU